CCAUGACAUCAAACAUUACUAAAUUUUCUAACCUGUCAAAGAUCUGAAGACAAUGUCUAUUAGGAGAUUUAGGCUUUGGUUUGAAGAUCAUACAACAAACGCCAAUAGUGCUAAUUUUAGCUCAACCAUGGCGGAUUAACUAUUUUUAUCAAACAUGAUUAGUCGUCUUGUCCUUUAACCAAACAAAAACAACACCUAAGAAAGAGACAAAAGAAAUCUUAAGCUUCGUGCAUUCCACUAAUCUCCCUUGUCUUUCUCCAAAUAUUUUCUUGAUUAAUAUCAAAACUAAUCAGAAACAAAAGAGGAGGAGGAGGAGGUGAUCAGAGACACAACGAUGCCUUCUCCUCCGGAAGACGAAACCCAACAACCCAAACCUGAUUCGGUUCGGGGUCCGCCGGGUCAUCAAACUUCCGAACGAGAUACUCAACCACCACCACCACCUACACCACAAUCACAAUCACAAUCACAUUCUCAGCCUUCUCCACCGCAACAGCAACCGUACCCGCCGGUAAUGGGCUAUCCAGGCUACCCUCAAGCCUCUCCAUACCAAAAUUAUCCAAACGCACCUUACCAACAACAAUACCCUUACGCUCAAGCCCCACCCGCUUCAUAUUACGGGUCAUCUUACCCUCCCCAGCAAAAUCCGGUUUACCAAAGACCCGACUCAUCCGGUUUUUUCAGAGGAAUUUUGACCGGUUUAGUCGUAUUAGUCGUCCUCCUCUGCAUCUCCACGACCAUAACGUGGCUCAUCCUCCGUCCUCAAAUCCCGGGUUUCUCCUUAAACAACUUCUCGGUCUCCAAUUUCAACGUAACCGGUCCGGUUUUCUCCGCGCAGUGGACGGCGAAUCUCACGAUCGAGAAUCAAAACACGAAACUAAAAGGCUACUUCGAUCGAAUCCAAGGUUUACUCUACCACCAAAACGCGAUCGGAGAAGACGAUUUUUUAGCGAGUUCGUUUUUUCAGCCUGUUUACGUGGAAACCAAGAAAUCGGUUGUGAUCGGUGAAACCCUAACAGCGGGGGAGAAAGAACAGCCAAAAGUUCCGAGCUGGGUUGUGGAAGAGAUGAAGAAAGAGAGAGAUACCGGAACGUUGACGUUUAACCUGAGGAUGGCUGUUUGGGUUACGUUUAAGACCGAUGGUUGGUCGGCGCGGGAAAGAGGGCUUAAGGUGUUUUGUGGGAAAUUAAAAGUUGCCUUUGAAGGUGUUUCCGGAAACGGUGCCGUUUUGUUGCCUAAGCCUCUUCCUUGUUUGGUUUACGUUUCGUAAUUGUUUCCUUCUUCUUCUUCUCUAUGGAUAUAAUUGAUUCUUGUAUACGGAUUUGAAUGUUUACUAUACAAAUUCAUAGAAAAUUCUUCUG